AUGGCUACGGCGAGGAGUAGUUUGAAGCUUGAGGACACCGGAAUCCAGAAACUACGGGUCCGACGGUCCGACUGGAGGUCCCGGGCCAAAACAGCACGGAAAAGGCGGAUAACCUCGCAGGCUGCCUGCGCCAAGUGUUCAGUAACAAUGGAGACGUGAAAGUAUCUCGGCCACGUAAGAUGGCCGAGAUCCGCAUAAGCGGGCUUGAUGGCUCGGUCACCCCGGCCGAGGUGGUAUCGGCAGUGACUAAAGCCGGCAAAUGUGACGCGGAGGAUGUAAAGACCGGCGAAAUCCGCCAUCGCACGCCGAUGAGCAUGGGGUCCAAUGGGCCUCGGCGCGCAUUGAGGCAUUGGACAAGCGGCCGCUGCAGUGCUUCCGCUGUAUGGAGGUGGGCCAUACGGCACAGUGCUGCCCAUUCGAGACGGACAGAAACGGACGAUGCUACAGAUGUGACACACCAGGCCAUUUCGCGAGAAAUUGCACCGCCCGGGUUAAAUGCCUUUUAUACGCGGACAUGGGCAGACAAGCGGACCAUCGCCUGGGCAGUAAAGCUUGCAGACCACCGCAGGAAGAGGAAACCUCCAUCCAGCAACGGAAAGAAACAGCAAGGGCCGGAAACGGUUCAAUAG